UAUACAGCACGCCUCUCUCUUGAGAAUUUUCUCUUCUGUUCCAUCUUUGUGAUAGUCUAUUUGCAUUGAAAUUCAUACCACAAUUCGUACCACAAUUCAUACCACAAUGACACAGUAAAAACGUAUUUCCACUAUUUACUCCGACGUUGGAGUAAUACGUUCUUCUGUGACGAAAAUUUUCAGUGACAAUAGUAAUAAACUUUCUUAGUCUGAAGAAUAGAAACCUCUUUCUGUGUUAGUACUCCUCUUAACAUUAAUUUAAUCGCAACUGCAUCUUUCGUCCAACACCAGAUUGGCUGCAUAAAUUAGUUCUUUCGCUAAAAUGGUGAUGUGAGAGAGGUACAGAUUUUCCUCAUCUGUGAAUUUAACUAGAAACUCUUUCUGGAUAUUAAGAUCUGUGAGUUACCGCAGCAGUAACCGUAAGUGUCCACAGGCACUACAAUAUACUCAGACCUGACGAAAGUUUAAUCGGUACGUCAGAGGCAUCGCUUGUUACCAGAAGUGUUUAGGUACCCUGCUCAGACAUUAUAAUCUAACUCUCGCGAAUAUCACUCCACGCCAGCAGGGACGACAGCCGUGCACGGAUGCUGGAAGCGACUUCAAUAAGUCUGCCAAGCCUUGGCGGCUCCGCCUGUUUUUUACGGUGUCCUGCAGCAGUAAGUCACAACUUUAGCCGCCGCUUUGGUAAAGUUGUUGCGUGCGCCCGGGCCGCCGUAUAAAAUUCAGCGCACGUCCGCGCAGCGAGCAUCCCUCCUGGCUGCACCCGCCCCCCGCCGCCCAGCGACCAGGCUGGGUGCCCUCCUUUAACCUCCCGGUGGAAUCCCGCUGGGAGGGCAGUUUGUGAACUACUUUGGCAACUGGUGCAGCUGAGAAAAGGAACGUAGAGAGCUACGCGUCUUCUCAUUCUGCCCCCCUUCUUGCAAAGGGACAGCUUCAAGUGACAUUUUUUUGUUAACUUCAGUGUUGCCCGAUCGGAGAUUGCGAGCCUUCUGGUCAUGUAGGACGGCGGCUGAUGUUUUGAGAAGUUCUGCUUGCACAUAUGGUAGAAUCGGUUAGUGACCAGGGGGAAAGAACUGCAAAAUUAUGUCGGUGACCUUCCGGAGAACAGACUGUUGGCUUAUAGUUCGCAAAGUGGAGCCGUUCGCCGAGUGAGAUGUCGUUCCCGAUGCUGGUACUUCGAGCCCUGACGCUGCUGGUGACGGCAUCGGUCGCCAAGGCCCACCUCAAUAUCUUCAUCAACCAGGAGGAAGUGAUGAAGUUGCUGGGCCUGUCGGCGGAGCUGUUCUACGUGCGAGAGGGCGUGGUCAACACGUACGCCAUGAACUUCGUGGUGCCCGUGCCGGCGCACAUCAGCGAUCUGGUCUUCUCCUGGCAGUCGCUCGCCAAAAACCCGCUGCCGUACGUGCUGGCGAUCGACUACGACAACCACGAGGCGAUGCGCCCGCCGCAGCUGAACAUCUCGUCCCGAGGCCUCAUACCGACCAGGGUGCAGACUUUCAGGGUUCGGUUCCCGUGCACAGGAGUGGUGAGCGCGGAGAUCCAGGUGCUGCUGCAGCUCAACGUGAGCUCGCACAACCCGCUGCACAACCAGACCUGCCUCAACUUCCGGCGCAACAAGAUCUGCCUUAAAGAGGAGGCGUCGCCGCGAAACGACUCGAUCCGGCUGGACCCCGCCUCCCUGGUGACGUCUAGCGGCACCUUCUACGUGGCGGUCGGCUGCGCAUGCGCUAUGAUCGUCGUCGUCAUUGCCAUCACGUCUGUUGUCUACGUCAAGAGCAAGAAGCUGCGAACCCAGCAGUCGCUGCACACUACGUACACGAGCGCGGCGUACGGCAGCAGCCCGAACGUGUUCAUCCGGCUGGAGGCGCUGGGCCGCGCGGGCAGCGUGGCCAGCGGCAGCUACGCCACCAUCGCCAGCUUCACCAAGGUGGCGCCCGCCGCCGCCGCCGCCGCCGCCGCCGCCGCCGCGUCGCCGCUGCCGUCGCAGGCGCACUCGCUGUCGCAGCCGCCCUGCCCCUACGCCACCACCUUCCUGUCCGGCACCGCCACUUCUGACGACUACCACGUCUACGCCAAGCCCGCCUCCCUCUGCCCCACGUACUACGCUUCGUCUCGCCUGUCGCAGCUGUCUCAGCACUCGCUGUACGACCCGCGGCUGACGGACCCCACGAGCCGGCUGCGAGCUGUCGCCGUGGAGCGGUCGUCCAUCUCGGUGCACGAGCUGCUGCACGAGGGCACCUUCGGCCGCGUCUACCGGGGCAUCUUCCGCAACCAGCAGGUCACCGUCAAGACCGUCUCCGACCAGGCGUCGCGACUGCAGGUGUCGCUUCUGCUGGCGGAGGGUUCGAUGCUGCACGGCCUGAGCCACCAGAACCUGCUGCCGCUGCUCGCAGCCAGCGUGGAGGCGCGCCUGCCGCCGCUGCUCGUCUACCCGCACUGCGCCAAGGGCAACCUCAAAAAGUUCCUGCAGAGCUGCCGCACGCGGACGGAGGAUCAGUGCACGCUGCUGACGCAGGACAUCGUCGACAUCGCUAUCCAGCUGGCGCUGGCCGUCAUCUUCCUGCACAGUCAGAGGGUCUGCCACAAGGACAUCGCUACCAGGAACUGCGUACUGGACGAGAAGCUGCGCGUACGCCUCACAGACAACGCGCUGUCGCGGGACCUGUUCCCCACGGACUACUACUGCCUCGGAGACAACGAGAACCGUCCUAUCAAGUGGCUCGCAAUUGAGAGUCUCGUGCACAAGCAGUUCAGCGCCGCCUCCGACGUGUGGGCGUUCGGCGUGCUUCUGUGGGAGCUGACGACGCUGGGCCAGCAGCCGUACGUGGAGGUGGACCCCUUCGAGAUGAGCGCCUACCUGCGGGACGGCUACCGCCUGUCGCAGCCGCUCAACUGUCCGGACGAGCUGUUCACUUUGAUGGCGUGGUGCUGGCUGUCGAAACCUGAGGACCGCGUCACGUUCAGCCAGAUGCUCUCUUGUUUGCAAGAGCUGUACACGGCGCUAGGGCAGUACAUCUAAGAAGACGCCGACCGGCAGAGCUAUUUUUGUAAUGAGUGCGGCGCCACGUGAUCUGAGCGUAGAGACGGCAGAGGCGCUCGCCACAUCACUACGUCGGCGUUUCAUGUAAUGAAUAAAACGUACUGAAGCCUGGAAAUAUUUCACUUGUACACAUCUAAUUAAAUUUGCCGUAAGGAGAUAUUUUGUAUAGGCAGCCGUUAGUCAGAUAAUGUGAUGUUUGUGAUAAUUCGAACUAUUUUGUAUUUUUGUAGAUUUUGUUAUGAUAAUGACUAUUUAAAAAAACGGAAAAAUAUUGACAAUGUUAGGCGAUAGCCAACACACUAGACUGGAUGUUCUAUGUAUAUGGUUUAAAGAAAUGGGAGACAUGUAUCUAGCAGGACGAUUUGUUCCAUGGACUGCCUGAGAGAAAUAUAUGGCAGACAAAAGGCUUUUUUUAUGAAAAUAUAUUUAUUCAAACAAUUUCAUUGUGUUCAUAUCAAUGUGGUCUUUUGAUUUUGUGCUGCAGCACACUUUCGAAAUGUGAACAUGUUUCUCAUAAUUACUGAAUGUGCUACUCCUUUAGAAGCGGAAAGAGUCGUAAUGGAAAUUAAGCAUUUGAGAUCAAUUAAGGUCCUAGGCUAAGAACUGACUCAAUAUUUAAAGAUGUGCCAUAUAUUUUUGGGUGUAAUUUUAAGUGAACUGUUAGAAUUCGUUACGACUGUGUAAUGAAAAAUAAUUAUGUUAUGGAACAGAAAGGGCCUAAUUUUGUGCAAUAGUUUAGUUUUAUUCCCAUAAGGAGAGUCAAUGGUAUAGUUUAUAUUUAAAGAGAAAUUUAUUCAAAUAUAUUUAUUUCAACACAGCAUGAAGUGAUAUUUCACAACACUGACAGACAACACUGUAACAAUGUUUUUCCUCUACUUCCCUCGAUGUGUCGCAAGCAUGCCUGAGCUGGUCAUUUACUUGAAGCAACGUAUCUUUUUCACCGAAGAAAUUAGCGCAAAUAACUUGCAAUUAGUCUUCUCAGAAUGGAACAAGCUCUUCAUCUAUCACUGUCUUUGUAUUUCGGUUUAUUACUCACUCGAAUAUUUCUGUCAACCACUUGGAUCUUUCAAUAUCUGGUAUUUCUGUGCUUUGCAUAAUAUAUCUGUACUAGUGGCUCAAAUUUCAUCCUUGGCUUAGGAAAGAUAACAGAAUUCUUUUCAUACAAUAUUCAUUACUGCUACCUUCAGAGUUGAAGGAUUUAAUGCCUCUCCUUCUCCGGCAGUAUCAGCUAUGCCUCUUUCGUUUUAUAACUAUUAAGCGUCCCUCCUACAAGUACUUGCAGUUUGUUUAAGGAAUAACAGGGUUGUUGGUUGGAAUGUAUCAUAAAAUGUAAUGUAAUUACUGUAAACGUUUGUUAAUCAUUAAUGCGGAAUAUUAAACAUAUAAUUCAGAAGUUUAUUGUAAUGUUCGGAGUUUUUAUUGCAUGAUAUCGAAAAAUUUGUGUCUGAUUGUUAAUGUAACUACAGCUAGACUUAUUUGGUGUUAUUAAAUCUGUGCGUGAAGUAUAAUGCAAAACAUAUGGACUUAGUUGUUCAAAGCGAAAUGGUAUCUCAUAAUGAAAGUUCAUUCUCGUUUGCAGUUGCAAGUCAGCACCAAAGACCCUCUAUAUAAAAUAACCUCAACAACACCCUAAGCACUGCAGGAAUGCACCUCUUAUCAAUUAAUGUGGAAUAUAUCGAUUUCUAUCUGUCUGUCUAGAGGCUAUUUCGCUUUUAAUUAGCCUAUAUACACAUAUACUUUGGAACUAUAAUAUUCUGAUUGGUGUUCUUGUAACCGUCGUUGUAUUCUUAUCACCCAUUGAUGUUUAUUGAGAUUUGUAUAUUGUUUUAAAAAUUAUAUUCUGUAUGUAUGUGGACUCUCGCUGCAUGUGACUACCUCUGUUUUAAUAUUG